UAUGUUAUUUUGGAACAUCUGACUUCUUAUUAGUUUGAUGAAUGUAGCUGGAUUGUCCUUGUCCCAUGCAUCCAUUCGUGUUCUAGAGGAGAGAAAGAGAAGGACCAAAAAAAGGGAGGAGAUGGAGCAAGAGGGGAGGGAAAUGUCCUUGUGCAAAUAUCUAGAGUUUUUUAAGGAAAACCCACACAGAAGCUUCCAUAAGCUUUUCCGGACAGCAGAGGCAGCUAUAUAUCUUCCACAACUGUAUUUGUCAUAUUUAUUUUGCCUACAGUACCUGUAGCUUGAAGUGUUGGGGUCAAAGUGCAUCAGAGUAAGGAAGUAAAUCCAGCAGUCUUUAGAGGAAGUAUGUCACUCUCUCUGCACUUUGUUUUUCUGCUCCUGACUGCUCUUUGGGGCAGCAGUUGCUUUGCCAAGCCCGCCCCAUUCAACGUGUCCAUGGAGGGUAGUGGGGAUGAACCCGAACUCAUCUUUCCCAUUGCUCGUACCACCCAUGGUCCUCCAUCCACCUCACCACCUCCCAACAUAACAACCACUUUCAUCCGCAUCAAAGACUUUCUUUUCAACCAAGUGGUAGACUUCCUGAAGGAGAACUUGCUUCUCAUCAUUGUCGUGACCUCUCUGUUAGUAGUCAUCAUCUUCAUCGUCUGCUGUGCUUCAGCGAUGAGCCACAAACGCAAGCUUGAGGCCUACUAUCCUCCGAAGACCCACACACCCAGGAAAUACAUGAGUCAACCUAGUAAAUCUGCGGAGAAACCACAUAACCAGAUUCAGGAUGGUAAGACAACAACUGCAAAGACCCUACGAGAACCCACCAAAGCAUUAGUUGGUGAGAAGGAUGGAAAAGACCCCCGGCCAAAGCCGAAAGAGGUCCAACAGGUGGAGGAUGUUGAAGUGGUGGAGAUGCAGAAAGAUGAGCCUCAGAAGAAAGAGGAGCAUCAGCCAACCACCUCAAACGCCACCUCCAGUCAGCCGCUGGUCUGUACGUGUCACCUCAGAAAGGCCAAUCACACCACAGCCUGAGAGCUUUUUCUGAACCUGCAGGAAUGAGCUUGAUUCCAAGAUGUUUCUAUAUAAAUCUUUUAAUAGAUAUCAUGCCCUCACUUCUUUGUGCUCUUGUUGCUUUUGCAACCUGUGUAUAUCCCAACUGUACUGUAUCAUCAGAGAGAGAGUGAGUUAUUAUAUGGAAAAUAACACUUGAAAUUAUUUUGUGAAUCAAUUUCUACUUUUGAGAGACUUGAGAAAAUGUCUUUUGGAACUUUUUUCUGACCACUUUCCUUUAUUAUAUUUUACAAAUGACAUGACUAUUUGCAUGGUAACCCAUAAUUUAUGCUGUAUCUUUCCUAAAGCUAUUAUCAGCGUGUUAUUUUAUCUAAACUUCAUGACUUUCCUCAGUAUCAGAUUUAAUUAGCUAAUAUUUUGUAAUGUAUGUUAAACAGAUUUUUUGUAAAAAUAAAAAAAUUA